UUUGAUUAAGAUUAUACAACAGAGAAUUCUUUAUUCUCUUCGCUUGUCCGAAACGAAUCUUAUAUUAAUUGGAAGUGUGGACAGGUGUUUUUUCGGUUGUCACGGCACUCGGAUCUGACGGGCACAAUAAAACUUCAGCAUUCAACACUCGGCAUCCAAUGCCUAGCCUCUUUUUAGAAUUUUUCAUUUGCUGCUGCCUCCACCUGCCGACAGUUAAAAAAAUGCAUGACAAAGAAUUCAUCAGAACUGGAGCGCUGCACAGACUUCAUAUCCACUAGCAAUGAAAAAGAAUGAAAGCACAUUGAGUUAGUCUUCAUAUAUGGAACCUUUCAGCUGAUACUUAUUAAGUACUCGGUCACAAGCCUUCUAUGAAAACGUGAGGAUCAGAGUCCUGCGUGUCUUCUUCCCUUUUUAUAGAAAGACGAUAAAACUGUUGUAAUUUAGAUUAAUUAAGAAGGCUGAGAAUGGCGUCAAUUGGAGACUUCGAUCCUCUUCACUCCAGCGUCCCUGCAACUAAAAUUGAAAUCACCGUUUCGUGCAGGAACCUUCUGGAUAUGGACACAUUCUCCAAGUCUGAUCCUGUGGUUGUGCUAUAUGUGCAGGGAAUUGGGACCAAGGAGUGGAGGGAGUUUGGCAGAACCGAAGUGAUUGAUAACACGUUAAAUCCGGAUUUUGUGCGCAAAUUUGUCCUGGAUUUCUUCUUUGAGGAGAAACAGAAUCUGCGAUUUGAUGUAUAUAAUGUUGACUCCAGAAGUUCCAACAUUUCAAAGCAUAAGGAUUUUCUUGGCCAGACGUUUUGCACUCUUGGGGAGAUUAUUGGAUCCACUGGCAGUCGACUGGAGAAGACCCUCUCUGGAAUUCCAGGGAAGAAAUGUGGGACCAUUAUUUUGUCAGCAGAGGAACUGAGCAACUGUCGGGACAUUGCCACCAUGCAGCUCUGUGCCAAUAAGCUGGAUAAGAAGGAUUUCUUUGGCAAAUCGGAUCCUUUCCUUGUCUUCUAUCGAAGCAAUGAGGAUGGCACCUUUACUAUAUGCCAUAAAACGGAGGUGAUCAAAAACACCCUGAACCCUGUGUGGCAACCAUUUACUAUUCCAGUGCGUGCACUCUGCAAUGGAGACUAUGAUAGAACAGUAAAAGUGGAUGUCUACGACUGGGAUCGAGAUGGGAGUCAUGACUUCAUUGGAGAAUUUACCACCAGUUACCGGGAGCUCUCUCGUGGACAGAGUCAGUUCAACGUGUAUGAGGUUCUAAAUCCGAAGAAGAAAGGCAAAAAGAAAAAAUACAUCAAUUCAGGCACAGUAACUCUGCUGUCAUUCAAAGUGGAAUCUGAAUACACAUUUGUGGAUUUCAUCAGAGGAGGAACUCAGCUGAACUUCACCGUUGCAAUAGACUUCACUGCUUCUAAUGGAAAUCCUUCUCAGCCAACUUCCCUGCACUACAUGAAUCCAUACCAGAUGAAUGCGUACGCCAUGGCCUUGAAGGCGGUGGGAGAGAUCAUUCAGGAUUACGACAGCGAUAAGCUUUUCCCAGCUUAUGGAUUUGGAGCCAAAUUGCCACCAGAUGGGAAAAUCUCUCAUGUGUUUCCUCUGAAUGCAGACAAUGAAAACCCAAACUGUGUUGGAAUUGAAGGUGUGCUUGAGGCCUACUUUCAAAGCCUAAGAACCGUACAGUUGUAUGGACCAACCAACUUCGCCCCAGUUAUCAACCAAGUUGCAAGGUCAGCUGCUGAUAUAACAGAUGGCUCCCAGUAUUUUGUUCUUUUGAUAAUCACCGAUGGUGUAAUCUCUGACAUGGUCCAGACGAAGGAAGCUAUUGUUAACGCAUCAAGUCUGCCAAUGUCCAUUAUCAUUGUGGGUGUUGGUCCAGCAGAGUUUGAUGCCAUGGAAGAGCUUGAUGGUGAUGAGGUGAGGGUCUCAUCAAGAGGACAGUUUGCAGAAAGAGACAUUGUCCAGUUCGUGCCAUUCCGAGAUUACAUUGACCGCUCUGGAAACCAAGUUCUAAGCAUGGCUAGGCUGGCCAAGGACGUGCUCGCUGAAAUCCCCGAACAGUUGCUUUCCUUCAUGAAAUCGCGUGGGAUCGAACCUCGUCCAGCACUGGGAAGUACCACACAGCAAUCUCUUCACAUGCGCAUCUAAGAUGGCUCCAAAGAGAAAUGUCCAUGACCUCCAGCACUGCCAGUUUUCAGCUACGUGUUCUGUAAAUUAAACCAGAUUGUCCCUGGCACAUACUGGGUACAAGAACAAAUCUUCAUACCAAACACUGCAUGCGAGAAGAAGAUCUUCUUCCUUCAGUUUUAUUCACCGCCAAUGAAAGCUGACCCCAGUGCAGUUUGCUUAAAACACCACAAAGUUUUACAACAAAAGUAUGCAAACCAGUUUUGUGCAGCACAUCUACUUUAGUGUGUUCUCUCUGUCUUUUGAAUGUCUGUCUCUUGUUUUUUUAAGAAAGGGAGGUUGAAGGGGGGGGAAAAGAGAAGGCUGUCAUUUUAGCUGUCUUGCACAAUUGACUGGAACAUUUGCAGGAAUCUGCAGUAGCUGCAAAACAUGUGGAGUCGAUUGGAAGAGCUGGCCUUAAGAGAGGCUUAUCUUGAUAGUGUUUUUGCCAAAUACUUCUCUGUAAAUAUCUGUGAAUGUCACCUCUGUGGGCAAUUCAUUAAUUCCGGUAUCCAGUGAAGCAGAGCAAAUUCCGAGUUACUGUCUUCAAAUAGCUGGUUUCAAAUUCCUGUUAAAUAUUCUCCAAAGUGGGGAAAGACAAUAUAUAAUUCUAAACAUCUCUCUGUAGCUCCUCGAGGUUUUUUGAAAUCUUUAAAAAGAGAUUUUGCUCUUUGAAAGAAGUUUCAGGCGUAACAGGGGUAGAUAGAAAUCUGGGCCAAUUGAAUGAUGAUUUCCCUCCUGACAAAAUAAUAUUUUUAGUCAUUUACUGUUACUUGAUAUUUAGUACAGAGUACAAUAUAACUGACAUUUAAGAAUCUGAAAAGCAAUAAUUUGAUUAUUCCUUAUUCUACAGAUAUUUUGUGGUCUUUAUACAACUUUCUGCAUUUAAAGAUGUUGUAAUGUAGCAAAACCAUCAGAAUUAGGUUAGGAGUUGGUACUUUUAUUACUCUUCUUUGAAAUACAUUAUUGGGUUUAUUUAGUUAUUUAAACUGGCACUUUUAAAUAAGUUUUAUUUAUUUAGGCAAAUCAUAUGUUUAUGUAUCUCCUUGUGUCACAUGUUUAGGUCAAGAAACAACUUGCUGUGCUAAAAAUGUCUGUUUUUAUAUAUAGUCCAGCUUAGAAGUUACCUUUUCCUGUGAGAACAGCUUUAUACCAAAUCACAUUGUUAAUGCAGAAUGUUUUGUAUCUCUUCCUUCAUGGAUCAAAGACCCUAUUAACACAAUUUUCUAAAUAUGGCUAAAGAAUGUACACAUUACUCUUUAGCUUGUGUUUUUUAAGGAAAAAACAUUUUCAUUUCAGUUUACUCCCCUGUUGAGGGUUACGGCAAAAACAGAAGGAUUAUGAAGAAAUGUGACUACACUGUUGAACUACAAAAUAAAUUAUUUAUUUUAAUUUAUGGACUAUAAAGUUUAUAGACAAGCAUUCAUUACAGAGACGGUUUGUGUUAACAUUGUUACUUUGCAGCACAUCAAAUUAUUUAAUUCUUAUUACUGCUACUUCUCUAAAUAAUAUUGCAUUAGCAACAGUUAACAUUACACUUUAUGAGACUGAGAAUGGUAUUUGAAAAAUGAAUUACCUGUAUAUCACGCUUUGGAUUGAGAGCAAACCUGAAAGCAUACUGCUGAUCGUAGUUCUUAUUUAAUAUGAUUGCAUGAUUCUGUUUAUUAUUAUGAAUGUACUGAGUACUACUGUAUGUCCAAAUAUUAUUACGCAGAGAAAUUGUUUUUUAUUGUAUAUUCAGGACAAAGAAAAAUACAAAAACAUCAGGGCAAAAAAAAAGCAAAACAUAAAUGCAAGAACUUAGAUCAAAAUUACUGUAGAUGUGUAAUAGAAAUUGGACACAAUAAAUCCUCACAAUUUAAUAAACUAGAAUAAAAUCAAUGGCAUGAAGCCAAGCAGCAGUAGAUAAACAAGUCUUUGUUUCUUAUCUGUAUCAGCUGCCCACCCCGUUGUAAAUUAAUUUAUAAUGGGCUGGAUGCCUGCAGAAAAAUAUAGCUUGAAUUGUCUGUAACAGUUAUCAAAGCAGUACUUAGUUUGUCUUUUAUUCUUUUACCUUGAAUGUCACGGUUGGCAAGGUUUUUUCCGCCCAGGUUGCAGAGAAGGUUUGUUUAUUUCUGUUAACUAAAUGUUAAGGUUAACGUUGUAUACAAGCAGGUUGAAAGCAAAAACUGUUGUCUCCUUCCAUGGGAGUAUCACACAAUUGGACACUGAAGGCUUCUUGCAAAAUAAUUUUUGCUUUAAUUUGCAACUUGUACGAAGCUGAGGCUGAUGCUUCCCAAGCUAAUUUGCAGUGUCUUGGGAGCUCAGUUUCUGGAUUUUUCUCAGUACUUCUUGGGACUUAAUUAAAAGCCCUUUUUGAAACUGUUGUAUAGGCUAUUCUUGGCUUUUCUAGCCUUGAAAACAUUUGUGAGUUCCUCACUUCUUUAAAUACUGUAUAUGAAAGUCUUAACUCAUAGAUUAAUCAUUAAUGUUUACAAAUAAUUAAUGUUUUCUUAUUUCUUCUGUGCUUCUACUUAUGAUGAGUAAAACUGACUGCAGUAAAGCCAUUAACAAAUGUGUAUUAGCUAUAUUGUGAAACCUAGUCUCUUUAUCAACGUUCCUUAAAAUUUGUGUGUGAUAACUAUAUUGUUUCCCUGCUUAAAUGAGACAUCUUAAACAGCCUGUGUGUGACAGUGACUUAAUUUUCCCACAUAUUGCCAUCUCAUUUAAAAUACGGCUUAUUUUUCCCCAAAGUACAUUAUUGUUAACUUUUACCAGUAAACUGAAGUUAAGGUUAUUCACAGUUAAAUUGGAAAUUCAUUUUUAUAAUGUCUUAAAAAUUAGAAGUAAUUAUUAAUUACACUGGGAUGCAAGAGGAGGAUAUUGGCUCAAAUUCUAUAUUCAUUUUCAGUUUUUGAAAAAAAUCCCUAACUUACCAUUACACAUUAACACAACAUUUUUAAUAAGUACAACAGUGCAACCUUGCCACACAGGUAGUGAAAUAAAGAUCAAUACCUUUUACUUUUGCUCUAAGGCUUGUAGUAAUCUUACAGAGAUAUUGCUCAGUACCACAGAUUCGUACCAAAUCAGGGAUGACUGUGUGUAUAUAAGGCCUCAAGUUGUUUCUUGACACUUCCCUUAUCACUCACCCACAAAAGUGCUGCUGAUGAGUGUCAGUGGUCGUGAUUGACAUGGACACUUGACAGUUUUUUUUUUUUUUGCUCUUCUUGUGGAUGGUAGUGUAGAUUAUCCAAGUGGAAUAAUAUGAUGAUGCCCGAGCUCAAUCCUAGAUGAUCCUACAUCCUAGAGGGUAAACUAAAGCAUUCAUCAAACCUGGCAUGAUAUGGGUAGAUAAAAAUCCAAUUAAAACCCCCAGAUUUGAACCCAAACUGCAACCAUACAGUCUUUAAAGGCCCUCUGGUCAUGGAACUGAUGUGUAUGUCACAGAGUAUUAAAUAUACUAGACUGUGAACCAGGAUACAUUACCUUUUCUUGAAUAAAACUAACAUACUUACCGGAUAUUGUAAAUACUAUAUCCAUUGUCUAGCUGAAAGUAUUAACUUAGAAGAAGGUUUGUUGGAGGAAGAUAUAUGGUAUAAGUCAAUUGAGAUCUCACCACAAAUGGCAGCUAUUUCUACAUGUUAACGAUAGCAGUCCUAAUACUUGGGGGGGGAAAUAGAUUAAGAAUGCGUGGCCUUAAUUUCAUCAUUAAAAAUGUGUAUGUGUUUUUUCUAAUUGUCCUGUGACUGAGUUGUAAAGCUGAUCUUGUAUUGUAAUUUACGCAUUGCAUGCCCAGCCUUUGUCCUUAUAUAUUGGCGUUAUCCUUCAAAUACCUUCAGUUAGUGUAAAUGCAGCAUCUGAACUAUGAGUUUUAUGAAAAAACACUGGUCUUGUUUAUACUGGCACUUUGGAUUGUCAAUGUAUAUUUUCUGGUCGUCACUGUUGCUCUUGGUCUUGUAUAUUCUUAGAAAAAGCAAAUAUACUGUGUAAAGAUAAAGUAGUUUGAUUAAAAUAGACUGAUUUUCUUUUUCAAUUGCAGACACCACAAUAUACAUACAGUAGACUAAAUGUUCAUGAUACUUCGAAAGCUGUGGAUGGAAAUUUACUUUAAAAGUGAAGCCAAAUUAUAAAACACAAUGACUCACCUACAAGUAUAAGACAUUUUAAUCAAAUCUUGGAAAUUGGAAACCUGGACUUUUCAUUUCAUUAACAAGUGUGCUAUUUUUGUGAAAAAGAUGAAGUGGAGAGAUGCAUCAGCAUGUGAGCUGUAAGGGAGCAAGCAGAGGUUGAUUUCACAGUGAAAAGUAAUCAAAAAGAAGAAAAACACAAUUUUCUGGUGCCUUUUCCAGGAGUGUGUUUUGUUUUUCUUUUUACUUUUAGCACAGACGUAAUGUCUGCUUGUCCUAAUUGUGUUAUAUUUAUGCCAUUUAAUGUGAAUAUAUGCUCUUGUGUGUCAUUAAAUGACAAUACUAUGGAGAACCAUUCACAUUUGAGUUGUUUUCCCUUACAGAAACAGAAUUGUUCAGUGAAAAUUUGUCUAAAACAUUUACCUUCAGCUUUGUCUUUAAAGUUUUAUUUUCAAUUGGAAAUAUUAUUUGUUUUAAUUUUUGGGGGGGUUCUCUUUUGUAUGUUUCUAAAGAUCAUGCAGAAUCUAAAUCAACUGAGACUAUGAUGUCAUGAAUGAUGAAACCAAGACUUAAUUACUAUAUACCUGAUGCAAAUUAAGAGUGAAUCUGGAAUUUUAAACUCGGUAAUAAAAAAUAUCUUCCAGUUCUUGCCAUAAUGUUUGAGCCGUUAACAAAAAUGGAAAGAGCUGUUAAUAUCCAUAUAUGACUGUGAUCAUCAUAAGCAUAAGAUUCAAUACAGAACAGAUCAGGCAAAGUUCCACGUUAGGUCCAGAGAGAUAAACUUGGAAAAUUUUGUAUUUCCUGAAACACAUCACAGUACUUUUUAACGUCUUUUUCCAAUUUUCUUCCAAAGUCCGCAGAGUGAUUAAAUUCCAUUAACCAAAGAAAGCUGUCUGCUAAAGGAACUGAUUUAGAUUUAAAACUGUCAAAAGGGACCAUUUCCACAAAAUCUGUCCAAAAUAUUUAAUAUCAGAAUAUGAAAUGAAAGAUGAUGAUCAAUAAUAUAUUUUAAUCCUCACAAAGAACAGCAUUUUCUUUUUUGUGAUUCACCCUUUUGAUAUCAACAGGUUUUAAACACUGCCCUAUCUACCUUUGCAGUAUGUUAUAAUGUACUGUAUAGUUUGUCAAGGGUAUAAAUGUUUAUUUAAAUUAAACCCAUUUUGCUGCUACCAUUAACCAAUGUAAGAUUACAUAUUUAGUACCUGUUAUGCAUAUAAAGUAGUAAUAAAAGAAAUAUUUUAUUUUCUUGGUAAAGGGGUUUGUUAGCUUUUAUUUCAAGCUUCAUUGAAAGCUAUGUGUAAUGGAAAUGGUUCUAGGCAUGUAUAAAAUGACUUCAAAUGUUUCUGUUAUGCCUUCUGGUAAACAUACCAUACACUGUAUGGUAUAUACUGUAACUGUUGACAACCCUGUGUAAAAGCUUCAAAAGAAUAAAAAAAACAGUACUAACUUAGUGGUUCACAA